AUGUCUUUUUCAAUAUCAUAUAUACUUGAAAUGAUACAAUUGAGUAUCCUUUUUGUAUUUGAACAACUUCGAAAAAUAACCAUACCAAACCCAGAAAGAUAUACUCCACAAAUAGAAAGUAAUAAGAUGGCCACACCAUUAUCAUUGCCAACUACCAAUACAUCAAUUGAUGAAGGUGUUUAUGAUCAAAAUAACUUUGUUAGCACCGUUAUCUUGUAUGCGUGUAUUGUGGUUGUAUUUUCAGUUGGUUUAAUUUCAGUUCUAAAAAGGGAACCACAUAGACUACCUGAAAUAGAAUUGCAAGUACAACUUCCUCCAUCAACAGCGCUGUCAAUAAUGAUGUCUUCACCAUCAUCAUCAUUAGUGGCACCAAUACCAGAGCCAUUAACCAGAAACCCUAAAUUUGAGACAAUACUACCGGAAACAUUCGAAUUUCCUCCUCUUGAAAGAACCCCAUCUAUCACUAGUUCCAAUUAUUCUUUGAAUUCAACUAUAGAUACCACUAGAGAUUUUAAGUAUACCUAUCGUGGAGAUUCACCUGCUCUACAUUUGUUAAACUUUUCAGCUAAUUCACCCAGCAGAUCAACUAUUGUGUCUCAAGUGGUAUCUGAAGAAACAGUCAAUGCUUCCUUCACAACAUCAGAUUCUUCCUCUGACAGUUUAAGAAGAUUGAAAACAUGA